CCCCUGGAAGUAAGAGAUACUUUCAGUGGUAAUGGUUUUUCACCCACCAGACUCCCAGUGUUUUGAGGUGUCUUCAAAGGCGUGAAAGUGACCCGUUGUCAAGCGGUGACAACUACAACAACAACAACACUGCUCGCUAUUAUCCCAGCGAUCUAAUCGACUGUUUGUAACAAAUUAUUCUGUCAACAUGGCAGCCGUGGAAAUCAGACGACCGAUAAAUUCGGUCACACAGAAUAUCCGUGAUUUUGCUGCCAGCGGUAAUUAUUACUGCACGGAUGAAAUGUCUAGAGAGUUAGCUGCCAUUAACAGUGGUUUGGAACACAUGAAACUAGACGCAGAUAUCACCAACUCAUCCAAGGAGUGGCAGAAGAAACAUAACCCAGCAGAGACCUAUCAGGCAGAUGAGGUGCCAGAUGUGAGCACACAACAAGAGAAUGAACGUUACGAGGAAAGGCACCACUGGGGAAUGUCCAACCUUAAAAACAUCCAAAAGGGUUCCCUGUGCAGCACAACCUGCCUGGAAGAUAAACCUUUCAGAAACAAACUCUGCUUGCAAAGCUCAUAUAAGGGCGUGCCAUUACACAAGAGCCUGGGUACAGAGCGCCUGUACCCUCCCCCAGGACAACUAUAUGGCAGUGUGGAACCAGUCUACCUCACUGGCACCCUGAACAGAGCACAGCUAGGCAAAACCUUACCCACCCAGUAUGAAUAUAGAGGUUACCAAACAAUUGACAGCUUGUACCCUCGAAGUAACACAAUGUACAUCGACCGUCCAGCCACCUAUAAUCACACCCUGCAAAAGACAGCCUUCCUGAACAAGCUAAAUGCAUCAGAUGCUUGCAAAACCAGAGAAGCACAGUCAGCCCAGCCACGGUUACAGCGAGCUUACACGACAAUGUCUGUCCAGGAGCAAUGUGGGAUUAAUACCACAUUCCCAGGGAAGACCGAGUACACGAAGCGCUACACUCGCCCGCCGAUGGACUUACCCACCAGCGACUUCACCAUAAACCCUGCACCGAACUUCGCCAUCCACGGGCGGCCGCUGGGACGGUCUGUCUAUGAGGUAGGAUUCACGGAGUACCAGACACGCUUUGAGUGGCCCGAUGGAAGGAAACUAAUCAAGCUGCCGUGGAGGCGCAGUUAGAGUUCUUUGAUAAUGAAUUUAUCAAAAGUUAUGCCACACAAAUGCACUCUGCUAAUUUUUAUUAAAAAAUCCCAGGAAAAUACAGCAUGUUGAGGUUUAAAUAGACACCGGUAUAUAAAAGCCUAUGUGUAUUUGUACAGUUAGAAGUGUAUGUAGUUGUAUUGUGAAAUUAGGGAAAUUUGCACAUGUUGCACAAAAAUAGUUGUUAACACCUUACACAAAACUGGUCAAGUGCUAUGUGAAUUUGUUUUAAUUGUUUUGAUUUAAUACAUUUUGCAUCAGAAAAACCAGGUUUUAUAAUGUACACGUUAGAAAGUUUUCCCCAGGAAAAAUAGAUUUCAGUGCUUUUUGAUGAGGACGAGUACCUGGAUACCAGCGUAGAAUUUAGGUAUAGCAUAAGUUGAUACAUUUUUGGAGUUUUUAUAGUUUAUAGUUUGGCAAAAUGCUGGUUUUUAUGGAAUAAUUGAUGUCUUGCCUUGAUUUUUGUUUUGAAAAGCCCUCUGAAUGAUUUUAGGAUAAUGUGAAAAGUUUGUAUGUCUCAGCAAAGUAUGGUCUACUGGUAGACCUAUUGCCUUUGUGCUUUUUCUAAAUCUUUUACAAUUCUACAUAUAUAUAUAUGUUAUUUUAUUAUGUAGAACUAUAUACACAUGCGCAUGUAUAACUCUGGUAUCCAUGUAUCAAUCCUACUUAUAAAAUAUUUUGUUUAGAACUUUUUUAGAUCGUCAUGUAUAUAGUGCAUACAGACAGUAUUAUGCAUUUGGAGGAGGUUUUAGUUCUGUGUAAAUUAAUGUUUUUUUCUCAUCUAAUCAGAUGGCUAGAUGUAUAGAUGAGACUUGUUUAAGGCACACACAAGGUAUGUUUAUUUGGAUAAUGGAAAUGUGUGUCUCUAUCACACCGAACAGAAAUUAUGUCAUGCGAUCAUGUCAUGGUUAGCAAGCAGGAAAAUUUCAUGUGAGGAAAUUUUUCUUCUGGAUGCUAUCAUUUAAUCUCAACCAGGAAAUAACGGAUCAUAAUCAGCAUUAUUAGUCCACCCACGAACUGUUCUGCCUUCUGGUGGUCAAGGGCCAAUACUCUUGUGAUUGUAAUUCCUAGAUUCUUGAAGGGAUUGAACUAGAUAUAUUUAUACAGAUAAUUGAAAAUAUCUCAGGUAUCAACAUUAUUUCUGUGAUUUGAAACAUGGUGUUGUAGUUUCCUUGUGCUUUAUACAAACAUUUUCGAUUGUAUUUUUCUUAACCCAACAUAAGGAAACUUCCCAGCCGAUUCUUCUCAUAGCUCUAAAGCCCUCUGGCAGGCAUUUGUAUUUUUUAUCUCCCAGUUUUGUUUUGUUUGCAAUAAAAUGAUAUUGC